GUCCGUUUAUAUGUUGCUGUGGAGAUAAGCAAUAUGGCGGCCAAAUUUUAUUUUUAAUCUGACUUUGUUUUGUUUGGUCUGAAGCGCCUGAUUCUAGAUAAGAUGUCUGAAGCGGCAUCUGCCAGAGUUGUCCCUAGUGGGAAAAUUUACCGGCAGAUGUUUGAUGCCCAGCUACAACUGACACAAAGUUUAACAAAAAUAAAGAGAGAAGAUACACAAAGUAGUAAGGCUCUGACAAGACAAAGUACUGGAAUACCAUUAGUAAAACUUACUAGAGAUGAAGUAAGUCAUGGUUUACUUACUGAAAGACAAAGGACUUGGGCAGAUGGUUUCCCAAAUGAACCAUAUAUCGAAAAUCCAGCACUUCACAAGCAGUAUUCUGAGUUUAUCCAGGCAACACAGAAAGAAAGUGAAGGCAGUCUCUUUGGAAAAGAAGUACAGGGUCUGCCAGAUGUUGUCGUUCCUGCUAAAAUGGGAUCCAAUAUUAUUGAUAGAAUUGCAGCUAGCAGAAAAGAAAGACAUGAAGCUGAAGUAGAAGAUAUGCAUCAAGAACUAAGUGUGAUUAACUCUGACAUAGAACCCAGAAUAGAAAAGAAUUGUGAAACACUGAUGAAUAAACUGGAAGAAAAUGAUGAACAAAUAGCGGAAAUUCUAGAGAGAAUCAAAACAGAUGAGGAUAUUUUGACCUACACCUUAGAUGAUUUAUAUAUAAUCUGGGAAGAAGUUCAAGGACAUACAUACAAACGACAGGAAUGGAUUAAAUUUCUAGACGUACAGUUGUCUGAAAUAGAAGAUGAGAGAAUGGAUAGGAUCAGAGAUGUUUUUCUGGACUAUGCCAAGAAACUGGAAAAAAUAUCACAUUUGAUGUCUCCAGAUCUACAAAGGUUCAUGGACCAAGAAGCUCAGGUAAUUAAUCAGACCAUGUUGAGUAAUAGAAGAGCCUACUCUGACUUGUUCGUUAGACUUAUGUCAUCUGACAUAGAGAGGGAAAAGACACAACAUACAACUUGGAAACGACGUGUAGAGGACUGGCGACAAUUGAAGACUGACCUUGCCAUUCAAAAGUUCAUUGACUAUAUCCAAGGAGACAAUAUUAUAGACCCACCAAGUGUACAGAAAGUUAUGCGACAACUGGCUGAAGAUCAGAACAUACUCAGUAAUAAGAGGAAAGAACUAGUCAUACAAUUAAGGGAUUUGAAACCACCAGCAUCCACUAAAUCAGCUGUUUACCAGUGGAAUAAAAAUAUUCAAAUGGUAUCAAAAGAAAUAGACAGUACUAACCAGAUAUUUUUAACUAAACUACAUGAAGAAUAUGAAAAAGUCUGUCAAGAUUGUUUAGAACAAGUUGAUGCAAUAAAAAAAUAUAUGAUAGAAGCAGGAAUUUGUGGUUUGUUGAAAGCUAAACAUAUAGUGGAGAAUAAGAUGUUACCAUUGGUUGGCGAUAGACAAAGAAUAUAUGAAGAGAACUUAGAGACAAUGGAGAAAAAUUUAGAUGACCAUAAUACAAAGACCAAUGAUCAGCUGAAGUCAUUAUUUAAAUAUGCACAAGGAUCCGCCCAUGUUUGGGAUGUACAUGAAAUUGGUUUGGCUAAGCAGGAGAGAGCUCUACAGGAGAAACUAGAAAACUGUAGACAACAACAUGACAAUCAAAACCAGGAUAAAGAAGCUAAUUUAGAUAUAGUGAUGGAUAAGAUGAGACAGGAUGCUACUGAAGGAGCACUCAAAGUCAAUCUUAAUAAAGCUUUAGAAAUGUUGGACAAAAUUAAAGAUGCGUAUGAAAUAUUUCAUCAAGACCAGACAGGAAUAGUAAAGACAUACCCAAAUAUGGUAUUACAAGAAUUGGAGGGUUAUGAUUUAGCUGUUUGCAAAUUCUUUAUGGUUGGAAGGAACCCAGAGGAUGGCCAAGGUAGAUCAGAGAAGGUUACUAAAAGUCCAUCAAAGACAAAAAAGGGAAAAGCUAAGGAGACUACUAAUUCUGAAGCCAUCACAGAGAUUUUAAGGACAGAAAAAGGAACAAUGUUUUAUAUAUCGACUGAGUCAGGGGAAUAUGGUCUGACAGGAGACAAAUCACAGACUGCUGCCUUCCUAACUGAAGUAGAAUCACCAAGAACACAACCAGAUUAUAUUAAGAAUAUUACUGUGGAAGUCUCAUUAAUAAAUGAGACAAAAAAGGGCAUAAGAUUGAAUUUCCUGAACCAUUUAGAAGAGUGGACAGAACAAGCCUCAGAGAGGUCUGAAAGUGUGGUUGUUUCUAAAUGUGAAGAACUGAACAGUGAAUUAGAUUUACGGUUACAUCUUCACAAACCAAGGUCUCGUAGAGCAGAAUUUGAUGUACAUAAUGUCAGAGCAGCUGAACUUGUAAUGCAUUCUGAGAGAGUGUCAAGACACACCAAAGGUGUUCAACAGGCUCUGACUGAUCUGAAACAAGAGUUUACAAACAUGGAAGAACAGCAUAAUAAACUAACACACAAGUUCAGAGAAGAUAUUGAGGCUCUAGAACUGGUCUUUAUCAAUGCUACUAAAUCUUCAAAAUUGGCUUCUCUACGUAUGCAGUUGAAAGAAGAAUCAGAAAAGUUUAUGACAAUGAUAAGAACAUCAUUGAAGAAUUUCCGUCAGCAUCUAGAUGACACACUUCAGCGAUUACGUGAAUCAAAUGCCAGAUUUAUAAAAUCAUUUAAGGUAUUUUCUGAUGGUGGUAAUUUUUGUCCAGAGGAAAUUAGAGAAUAUUGUAAAAAGUUGGACCAAUCUUCCCAGAAAAUAGAUAAAUGUGAGGGUGCUAUAAUGUUAGAACUGGAGGGACUAGAAUCUAAACGUAGAGAACAGGUCACUAAAGUGGUCGUAGAAUUUGAUGACAGGUUUAAACACCAUAUGAUAGACCUUGUAUUUAUGGAGAGGAUAGCUAGAUGGUUGACAAACACACAAGUAAAAAUAAAGGCUGAGGUAGCCAAUAGUAAUUCUCAGGCUCAACAACUAGCCCAGUACCUCAAUGAUGUUAUCAGGAGGAUUGAUGCUUGUGAAAGACCUAACUUGGAUAAAGAGCAAAUAACAUCAACACAAUUGAAUGAAUCCCUGAAGUUAGUGUUUGAUUCCUACCAUGCCAGAAGUAUAUUCUUGAAUUGUACAAAGGACACAAUUACCAGACCAACCUCUGCAAUGCAGGGACCUCCAGCUAUUGCACGUGUUGUCUUCACUGGAGCCGACUCAACACCAACACCCAUCAGUAAAGCAGGAAAACAACCAACGGAAGAUCCCUCUGUUGGGGUUAUCAAGAGUAUAUUAAAAACACAGAAAACAAAGAUGAGGUUUGGAAUGGAUGCUGACAUAGAUGGGGAGACAACUCCAUUUGGACAGCAGUUGGAAAUGAGAGAGAAAAUGAAGUCAUCAUUGUCAGUCAGCACCCCAACAGACAAAUCCAAACAGAAACGAGGACCAAAUAGUGGACUCCCAACAGAUAGUCCUCCCAAGAGAGUCCAAUCAGGUAUGGUACCAUUACAAACAAUUGGCAUGAUUGUAAGUGUGAAAGCAGCCAUAAAGCCAGGGUUAAGGAGAAGUAGUAAAUCUACUAAAUUUGACAAAAAAUAUUUAAUAUUUGGAGAGAAAGAUGAAGAAGGAGAAGAGUACCACCUGUUGGGAAUUAUAAGGAGAAAUUUACGUGAAGCAUUAGAUGGUCUUUUGACGUCUGCAGAGCUAUACUACAAGAACAAAGGUAACAGACAAGUAACUAGACCACAGGUUUUACAAGAGACAUUUGAACUAUGUGCUGAUGUUGUUGUACAGAAAUUACAGUCGUAUUUCACACAGGCUGAUGAGUAUCACAAUCAAUGUUUACAAGAAUUCAGAAAUCAGUUGAUGCAGCUUGAAGAGGCUGUUUCCCAUGUACCUGAUUUAUUACUUAAAGAUUUACUGGAGGCUGAGCUUAACAAAUCUAAAGAUGCCAGAGACACUGUAUCUGAACAGUUCUCUGUAACACUCAGUCAACUUCACAAAAAACAGAAUGAACAUUCAACUUUGUUACGUCCUACUCUAGGACACCCACAUCAGAAGACUGGAAUAGCUUCUCUUGGUGAGAAGGAGUUGGAAAGACAUAAUUCCUAUAUUUCUGCUGUAGAAAAACAGACUAAAGAAUUGCAGGUUGUGACAUUAGAACAAGCUAAGACAUUUGUGGAACAGUUGUCCAGAACUGCAGAAAAUCAACUAGUUCAGUAUGAUAAUCUUCUGACAGUGGAUGAUGUGGAGAAAGGAAGGGUAGAGCCAAAGAAAUACCCAACUAGUGAACUCAUAAGAAGAAGGAACCAAGGUUUGCCUUUGGAAGAUGAUGAGGAUAAAAAUGCCCUCCCACGAGGAAAAAAUACAUGGACAGGUAUGCCCUCUAAUGAACUGGUUACUGAAGCUUCCGGUAAACCUCAACUAACAGCCUCGGUCACUACAGCCAAAACUACAUUGGGACAUACUGCUACUAUUACUGCCAGAGAUAAAGCUUAUCAGGAGUAUAAAAAUAAGUUUGAAAAGACAUUAGAAAUGAUAGAAGAAGAAAAACAGAAAUUGUUAUUAGCAGAACAAAGAUGGAUGGAUAGCUGGAAUACUUCAGUGGAAAAAGUCAAACAAUUAUACUGAAAGAACUGUUAAUAAUAGCAUUUACUGUGAUAAUUUUAAAUUGCGAUAUUUUUUAAAGAUUUUUUUUUAUAUUCAACAAUUUUCUGAUUUAUUACAAUUCCGUCCUUUCAUAUUAUUUAUUUUAAUUUAUAUUACGAAUUCUAAGAGAUGCUUCAAUGAAUCUAAUGUAUUUAUUUUUUUUUUAAAUGAUCAAAGUUUUUUUGCUGCAUAAAUGUGUAAAACUUAGACCUUCUGGAAGUUCCAGAAAAGAAAAGAAAAGAAAAAGUUAUUUCCCCCUCAUUUCUAUACAAAAUAUGUAUAAAUGAAAACUGUGGAAAGGAAAUUUUGUUCAUCAGCAUUACCUUGAGUGCUAUAAGAUACUUGAAAGAAUUUACAGUUGAUAGAAGUGAAUUUGAAAUGCGAAAAUAAAGGAAAAUAGGAAACACUUUAAAGAUGUGAUGCAUUUCUUGUGUUGCUAAUUGGUUUUUGUUAUACUGCAUUGCUUUUAACAGACUUAGUCAAAAAUGCAUCAACUUCCAAUGCUCCAUUACUAUUGUGUUACUAACUUAUUUGGAAUGAGAAUAAAAUGGUCAUUGUAUUUGCUCAAUUUCUUGGUUUAAAAAAAUAUGUGCAAUUUUUUAGUUUGUGUAUACAACAGAAAUAAAAAAAAAUUGGUACCCUAAAAAAAUGAUGCACCCACAGUACAUGAAAAGAAACAUUCCAAACUAUUUAUUUUUUCAAGACCUUAGUGCAAAUGAUUGUUAUAUAUAUACUAUUUAUCAUAUACGUGAAUUAAAGUGAUGAUAUUUUAAAUUUGAA